AUGGAGUCGGCUUGCGUGAUGAUCCACGAGGCUCUCAAGUCGGUCAUGAGCUCCCUGACGAAUCACCGGCUGGAGGAGGCGCAGGAUCGCUCUCAGGCGGAGCACCUCAACUCGCGUGUCAUGCUGUGGUCGGUGGGCAAGAUGCUCGUGCUGCUCUCCAUGGUGGUCAGGCAGGUGAUCCUCCUCAAGAGCUUUGCGGACAAGCACCCGGGCUCCUCAUGCGUCGGCCUCUAGCCCCGAUGCGGGGCAGUGCGCUGCUUGCUAGCCCACCCGCACC